AUGGAAGAUUGGUCCGAGCUUCCAGUCGACAUAAUGUGCGACGUACUCAAGCUGCUCGAGUGCCCAGACCUCGUCCGGUCCGCCGCCGUCAGUACACUCUGGUACAACGCCUACUCCACGGCACGCCGCAUCGGCAUCUGCCUUGGCCACCAAACGCCGUGUCUACUUUACUGCACCGAGGCUGCCGGGCUCAAAGCUCUUGGCAUGUACAGCCUUUCCGAGCGAAAGGCCUACACCAUGCCGUUCCCUGAAUCCCCCAUCAUCAGGAACUGGGUCGGCUCGUCGCACGGAUGGCUAGUCGCUACGGUUGAGAAGUCUGAGCUGAUGCUUCUCAACCCGAUCACGGGUGCCAUGAUUGCGCUACCUCCGGUGACAACCAUGGAGCAUGUUAAUCCUCUCCUAAACGACGACGGUGUUCUUGAACGGUAUGAGGUGUCUUACUAUGAUGGAGCACUUCCGAGGGUAGAGAAAGGGCGUAGCACAUUUUCUUUGGACGAGUAUGGUGACCUGGUCUAUUCUAAGGCAACUUUGUCAUGUGAUCCCUCAUCCGGUGAAUGCAUUGUCAUGCUCAUCCACGAGCCCUUUGGGCAGCUCUCGUUUGCCAGAGUAGGAGAUGCUCACUGGCGCUGGCUCGACAUGCAUAGUUAUUAUUCAGAUUGUAUAUACCACGACGGAUGGUUCUAUGCGAUGGCUGAUGAAGGCGCUAUUGACGCGUACAAUUUAAGCGAACCGCAGAAUGGGGAGAUGUCCUCCAAAUUAUUAGGACGGAGACCUAUUAUCCCGAACGACCGGAAGGUCCGGUGUAUAUAUAUCACCGAAUUCGAAGUGUACAAGAUUGAUUUUGAUGAGCAGAAGCGUGUCAAGAUGACAGGAAUAGGAGACUACGUGUAUUGUUUAUUGGGAAGAGCACGACAUCUUGCUUUAGCGUAA